AUGACGCAGCUAAAGAAAGAUAUCGUUGUGGCCAUAGACUUUGGUACAACGUUUUCCGGCAUAGCAUGGGCACAUACGGCCAACCCUGAGGCCAUACAUAUCAUCCAACGAUGGCCUUGCAAUAUUGCCGGCGACCUCGGUGGUCAGACAGCCGACAAGACGCCCUCUGAACUGGCAUACAACUACGACAAUCGCAAAGUCUUGCCUGUCUGGGGAGCCCAAAUUCCCAAGAACAUGCCACGUCUUCAAUCGUUCAAACUGGAUCUCGUCCCUGAGGGAAGGAAGCAUCGCAAGGCUACCCUCCUGCCAGAUCACCAUGAUCCUCGACGUAUGAAUUACCCACAUAGGGUGACAGCAAACAGAGUUUUGAUCGAUUAUCUACAUGCGUUGCAAGAGCAUAUUCCAAAAGUCCUCAAGGACCAGUUUGGCACCGCUCUUGAUUCGAUGUCGUUUAAGUAUGUGAUCGCGGUUCCCGCUAUGUGGCCAGAAAAGGCGAAAUCCCAGACACGUACUUGCGCCGAGAAAGCUGGCUUAGGACGAGCCUCGGAUAUUCAAAUCAUUUCGGAGCCCGAGGCUGCGGCAGUCCAUGUUAUGACACAGAGUCGCUCCUCCGCCCUUGAAGUCGAUGACACUAUUGUUGUCUGCGACGCAGGAGGUGGAACUGUGGAUUGCAUCACCUUCACAAUUCUUGCGCUUCAGCCCGUGCUUCGUCUGAAGGAGUCCGCUGCCGGCGACGGUAAACUUUGCGGAGGAAUUUUCCUGAACAAUAUUUUCGAACAUUUUCUCUCUGAGCGACUGGGAAAUUGCGAAGGUUGGGACGACGAUACUCUGGGGGCUGCCAUGCGUGAGUUUGAAAUGGAGACGAAGAGAAGCUUUAGCGGUGACACGAAACAAGAUUUCUCCAUCCCGGUACCAGGGCUCGCUGAUAAUGAAUCACUUGGUAUACAUCGAACUUCUUACAAAGUGACAGGCCAGGAGCUGAUGGAUACAUUACUCCCUGUUCUGGCCGAAACCCUCGAGCUGGUCAUGCGUCAAAUUCGGCUUUCGAAAAACAGCCCCAAGUCCGUCUUCCUCGUGGGUGGGUUUGGACAAAGCCCGCUAUUGUUUGAAUAUCUGCGCCGUUUCAUUCCCUCCGAAAUUAGCAUCAUCGCCCCUGUUAAUGGGUGGACCGCUCUCGCCAGAGGGGCUUGCGUAAAAGCGCUCGCAGACAUGUCUAAUCCUGCGCCCCAAAUCCAGGUCGAGUCUCGGGUGGCUCGAAAGCAUUACGGUAUUAUUACAGCGGGGGAGGAUAUACAAGAGUCAGUGCCAAUCACUACAUCCUGGGUCAGGCAUUUUCUCAAAACACAAGGCGAGGUUAAUUCUCUCCCGGUUCAAAUUUAUGAGCUGAAUACACUUGAAGGGGAAGAUGCGCCGUUGUACUUCAAUCGAAUAUCGUUACAUCUCGAAGAGAUCAAGAAACACGCGAUCCUUGAAACACCACUUGACCGUAUCUUCAAGGCGACUAUCCCGGUUAAAAUCGGUGCAUAUGGGAAGGAGUACUACGAGGUGGAGUUCAAAAUACAGGCCAGGUACUAUUCCGCACACUGCGAGCAUUCACUGUGGUUUGGUGGUAAAGAUCAUGGUUCAGUCAAAAUUGCCUACGUCUGA